AUGGCAGACGAUUGCUCUGCCUCGGUGCCGACCCUUCCAUUGGGACCUGCUGCAUCCCUCACGGCCCCAUCUUCUGUAGAUCCAGACUCGUCUGUGCGGUCAUGGCAGAGUGGGAUUUUCUGUGAGCAACGCUCGACGACUGUGCCACCAACUGUCGCUGCUGCAGCAGCUGCUCUUGUGAGUGCUGCUCGUGUGGCGAAUGGUUCUGCUUCCACAGUUCGAAGACAGUCUGAGCUUGAAGCUCUCCGACAGAAGCAGGAGCUGGCGAUGUCACUGCUGGAGCAGCGCGGCCAGGUCACUCCUCAGCCCUCCGCUGCUUCUUUAGUUGUGCCGACUGCGUCGCUUGGCCCCCCGGACCCGUCGUCGGUUGAGGAGGCCGUUGCCAGCGCGGCCAAGGCGGCUCGUGGCUACACUGGCAAGGUCUCCUGCUCUUACGAUGAGGUUGAGCGCUGCAUCAGCGAACUGCAAGGUUUGGUGAAGGCGUGUCGUGGGCCGCUCAGCCCGCAAGAGUUGCCGCAAGAGGUAGGCCCAGCUCCUGACAACCGGUCCCGAGCCAAGCCUCACGAAGAAAGCCUCGUGCAGAAGGCGAAGAAGUCCAGUGGCGAUCAGGUUUCUUCGCCCAGUGCUGCUGCCACCCUGAAGCGUGCUCCGUCAGUACCACGUCGACAGGCGUCAGCAACGCCUCGUGCAGAGCGGCAUGAGGAGUUGUCUAGCCCUGAUGAUCUUGCAGCUCGAGCAGAAGACCCGGCCGUCAAGUCCCGCAACGAAGUGCUCCAGGCAGAGGCUGCUAGUUUAAGAGACGAGCUUCGAGAAGCCGACAAGCAGAUCAAGGUGGCGUCCCUCCAAGCUGCUACUGUGAAUGCAGAGCUUCGAGACAGACGGCACAGGCAUCAGCAAUGGGUCCGGCGCAUGCAGGAGGAGGCAACGAAGCUUCGGCGUGAGAGUCAGCGCUUGGAAAGGAGCUUUCAUCAAGCUGGUGUCGAGGAGCGUCGAAUUGCUGAGCUUGCCAAAGCCCAACCAGAAAUAUCCGCGGAGAAGCUCCGACUGCUUGAGGCCAACUGCGACCGACUCCAGGUUGAGAAUCAGCGAUUAGAGCGAGAGCUUGCAGCAGGACAGACAGAGCUUUCCAACGUCAGAGAUGUGGUUACAAGCGCAGGAGGGCACCGUGCACUCUCGCUGCAAAGGGGCACCUCUUCAUGUUCCGCCCCGAAACUGAGCUGUAGCUCGUCCACAACACCUCCCACCCCUUGUGCGGACGUCGUGAGGACACUGGAGCACGACAGCAGCCUGCCUCAGCUGAGACCCCGAUUUCGUGGGUAG